UCCCGCCCCCUUUAAUCUCUACGCGGCGAUCCUCAAUCCCGCCUCUAUUGAUCCAGUUCUUCAGGGGUUUUGAUUCUAAUAGCGUUUUCUUGUACUUCGUGUGCUCUAUUGUACUCUGUAACGUAUUCAUGGCCUCUCCUGAUGGAGAAAACCAAGCAGCGUCGAAACAAGAGGAAAAGUCGAAGAUAGAGCCAUUAAAACUCCCCACCAUGGAGGAGAUCCGAGGUCAAGACAUUUGGAACAACUGCGCCGUCCGCAGCGUUGUUAGCGGAGUUAUGGGUGGCGGACUUGGUUUAUUCAUGGGAAUGUUUCUGGGCGCUUUGGAUAAUCCAAUAGUGCAAGAAGAAAUGAGUGGAAGGCAGCAAUUUAUAUACACUGCUAAGCAGAUGGGGAGGAGAAGCAUUAAUUCUGCUAAGGCAUUUGCUGUCAUGGGCUUGGUGUUUUCAGCAGCUGAAUGUAUUGUAGAGAAGGCACGAGCAAAGCAUGAUACGACAAAUAUAGUUGUGGCUGGCUGUGUUACAGGUGGGGCUAUAUCAGCUAGAGGCGGUCCAAAAGCAGCAUGUGCUGGGUGUGCAGGAUUUGCUGCGUUCUCAGUCCUCAUUGAGAAGUUCCUUGAUCGCCAUGAUUGAAACUUCGGUAGAUAGUCCUCCAUAUAAGGCUUAAUUUUAUUUUUUUGCCUGAUAACUUAUUCAUUCCUUAUAAAAAUACCAUUUUUUUAAAAAAAUUCUGAGCAAAUCUCUCAAAUCAAACAAUGUAUAAGCAAAUUUUGAAUUUGGGUGUCGCUGCAGCCGUCGCUGUCCAUUUUUGUAAUUUGUGAUUAUCUGUUCUGAAUAGAGAUCAAUGAGAUGUAAUAUUACAUGUCUUAUUUUACACACUCUCGACCAAAAUAAAUGCCAAGCUUUUGUUUACCGUGAGCUUUCAAGUAAAUAUGUGCAAUUCGACUACCCGAGUUUAUCUCUCU